CUCCUCGCACCCUGAGCGGCCCGGCCCGGCCCGGCCCGGCCCGGCCCGGCCCGUAAGGGAAUGGAGGGCGGUAGCGGGGCCGCGGCCGAGUCCGCUGCGGGGACGGAGUCGGAGCCGGCGCUGGGAGGCGGGAUGGCGCUGGGAGGGGCGACGGGAGCUCCCCUCGGCUACCUGCACGUCCUGUGGCAGCGGGAGGAGCCCGCCGGCAAGAUCCCGGCCCGCCGCCUGCGUAGGGCCACCCGCCUCCACCGCCGCCUGGGGCCUACGGGCAAGGAGACCCACGCUCUGAAGAGGCUGCGUGAGGCUGCCAAUGGCAAUGACCUGGACACAGUGCAGCAACUCCUGGAGGAUGGAACUGACCCCUGUGCUGCGGAUGACAAAGGCCGGACAGCCCUGCACUUUGCCUCCUGCAAUGGCAACGAUCACAUUGUGCAACUGCUUCUGGACCACGGGGCUGACCCAAACCAGAGAGACGGGCUGGGAAACACUCCCUUACACCUGGCUGCCUGCACGAACCACGUUCCCGUCAUCACCACACUGCUGCGCGGAGGGGCCAGAGUCGAUGCCUUGGAUCGAGCUGGCAGAACCCCGCUGCACCUUGCUAAGUCAAAGCUCAACAUCUUACAGGAAGGAAUCUCCCACAGCCUGGAGGCCGUACGCCUUGAAGUGAAGCAGAUUAUCCAGAUGUUGCGGGAGUACCUGGACCGUCUGGGGAGGCAUGAGCAAAAGGAACAGCUGGAUGACCUCUGCUCUAAACUACAGAUGACCAGCACAAAGGAGCAGGUGGAUGAGGUUACAGACCUCCUGGCCAGCUUCACAUCGCUCAGCCUGCAGAUGCAGAUGGAGAAGAGGUAACGGGCUUCCAAGUCAUCUCUCUGAUCCGGAAGGAGAAGCCUUAGAGAAGAAGGCCUACAUCCCAGAUCACUGAAUAAACAUUGCAGGCCCUGAGGGUGCUGCCAUGGUUGCCUCAAGAAGGGGCAGUAGGAUUUGGACAAGAGAGUGCUGCAGCUGAGACUUUGGGGGAAAAAAAACUAAAUAGGCUGGCACUGAAUAGGGUACCCCUUCCAGAGGAGAGGUAUUCUGCCUUCUCCUUAGCACUCCAGUUCAGUGUAGGUGGUGGCUAAUGCCAUGGAUAAUUGCCAGCAUCACAGAUCUGUCUGCUUGGAACUGGCAUCUUUUGCCACUAAACUGCAUGGGGGGGUGGGAAGUGGGCAUCUUGGACAACAGAAGGCUUUGUGCUGUAGGAAUAACACGUACUUAACUCUGUGUGGUAGCAGCUGAGCAAACAUACUGCCUUAGGAAGCAUGCACCGAGACUUAAUCCUAAACUUCCCCAGAGCCUGCAGAGUUUCUGGCAGGUUAGGUAUGGGAUACAGUGCUUGUAAUCAGACCAACAGGUUCCACUGGGCCUGGUUUGUAAAACGCUGCCAAAAGUCAAUGCUUAAACCUUAGAGUGAAACGCUUGUGAAGAAUACCCAGGUAGGCAUCAGGUCAGAGCUACCCUGGUGCAAUGAUAAGGGUUAGGGAAUGACUUAAUCCUAGCACGGUUUUAGGCACACAGCUACAUUUUAUUUG